AUGGCCAAAUCAAUGUGUGACUACAUACAACUGCGCGAUGUCCAGCUUCCAGUCCCGGUAUACUUGCAAAGAGACGCCUGGAGACGGACUAACAAGCCGCAACCAGCGACCUUCUCCGUCCGGCUCUCCUACCCCGCUGCUCUGAUAUCUCUCGCUGCAGAAAAUGACACAGUCGGCCACACCCUCGACUAUGGGACUCUAUACAGGUCAAUCGAGUCCGCAAUAAUAUCCAGUAACAAAGAUGCCAUUCCCGAUGAGAAUGCAGGCGAUCCAUCUACCCGGCCCUCCCAUAGCAAGGAUAUAGUUGACGUUGCCCUAACAAUAAGCGACGCUGCGCAUAAAGUCCUCUGGUCAGAAAUAGGCGCUACGGAACAUGCUAAAGACGACGCUGUAUAUCUGGAUCACUGGUUUACAGAGAAGAAAGAGGAGAUAACUGUGGACCUGCAUCUUCCCAAAGCCAUACUACGUGCUGAACGGGGGUUGUUUUGUACACUUGUUACGCGCAGGAGGCCUGUCAAAGAAGAGGAUAAUUUUAUGGAUUUUGACUUGACCGUGAGAAUCGAGGGGAUACGAUGUGCUUGUAUCAUUGGGGUGAACCCUCACGAGAGAGAGGAUAAGCAGAUCGUGGAACUUGCAUUGACUUUCCGACAGAGUAAGGGUAAGACACAUAUGAUACCGAAAGAGUAUCAGACCAUGGUCUCCAAGGUAGCUGAGGUGAGUUUGCUCCCCGUGGAAGUUGACCUGUACAUAUGGCGAUACUGA